AUGAGGAUCAUACCAUGCUUCGUUUUAUUGUUUGGGCGCAUCACUGACAACACAACAUUGGACUAAGAUGAGCAAAAUUAGCAACUUCCAAAAACAGAGAAUUCCUAACCCUAAACCACUUCAUGAACAAGAAGAUGACGAAGAACUUGGGACAGAAGCAAGGAGGCUAGCUUUGUCGGGAGUGCUUCCGAUGGUGCUGAAAUCAGCGGUUGAGCUCGGUCUCGUCGAUGCCCUCCACAUGGCAGCUGAGGAAAGCACAGGCGUGUACCUCUCACCUUCUGAAAUCGCCCUCCGGCUACCUUCUGUUCCGACAAAUCCAGAUGCUCCGGACAUGUUGAACCGUGUGUUGAGGUUACUGGCGAGCUUCUCAGUCGUCGACUGCCGUAUGGUCCAGACCGGAGAGAAGCUGGAGAGUGUGUACCGAGCUAAACCGAUUUGCCGGUUUCUAUUGAAAGAUGGAGACGAAAAGGGUUCUUUGGGACCUUUCCUCUUGCUUAACAAUGAUAUCGUCAACGUCUCCUGCUGGAGCCAUUUGAACGAAGCGAUACUCGAAGGCGGGAGCACGUUCCACAGAAAGUACGGCAUGUCGUCCUUCGAGUACUUUGGAGCGGAUGAAAGGAUGGGAGGCUUAUUCGACAGGGCGAUGUCGGGUUUUUCAAAGCUGUUAAUAAGGAAGUUUCUAGAAGUUUAUGAAGGCUUUCGGGGUUUGAAUGCGUUGGUCGACGUGGGAGGCGGAAUCGGAGCCACCCUCGGCCUAAUCACUGCGAAAUAUCCAAAGAUUAAGGCCAUAAACUAUGAUCUCCAUCAUGUUAUUGCCAACGCCCCUCCUCGUCCAGGUGUGGAGCAUGUCGGUGGAAAUAUGUUUGAAAGCAUUCCCAAAGGUGACGCCAUAAUCUUGAAGUUUGUCCUCCACAAUUGGAACGACGAAGAUUGCUUGAAGAUCCUCAAGAACUGCAGGAAGGCUCUUCCAAACAAGGGCAAAGUGAUAGCGAUCGAAGCGGUGUUUCUCGAGACCGAUGGUUGUUCCGACAUCACCGCACUUGAUGAUGUGACGAUGUUAGCUUUUCUCGAGGGAGGGAGAGAGAGGGCUAAGGCCGAGUUCGAAGCUUUAGCUCUAAACUCGGGCUUUGCCGCUUGUGAACUCGUUUGCUCCGCAUACGGAUGUUGGGUUAUAGAGUUCCACAAGAACACCUGAAAUGGACCGACCGCAUCAUAUGGCAACGGGAGACUUGUUUUCCAUAAUUGAAAGAUAAUGGAUGUGAUUGUUAAAUAUCUAUUUACCCGUUAAUAAAAUUCUACACUCGUUAGUUUUAGUUUC